CGUCAUGGCGGCGCCCAGGGAGGAUUUGUCACGUGGGCCUCGCGAUCCUGUCAUUGACUCCGCCGCAGAGCGCUCGCGACUCGGCAACUCUCCCACGGAGUCCUUGACUCACUCAUUGACUCUCUCAUAGAGUCAUCGACUCUCCUAUAGAGUUGUUAACCCCCUCAUUGACUCUCUCAUAGAGUCCUUGACUCACUCAUUGGCUCUCCCAUAGAGUUCUUGACUCCGUCAUCUCUCCCAUAGAGUCAUUGAAUAUCCAAUAGUCGUUGACCCACUCAUCGACUCUCUCAUAGAGUCAUUGACUCUCCUAUAGAGUUCUUGACUCCCUCAUUAUCUCUCCCAUAGAGUCAUCGACUCUCUCAUAGAGUCCUUCACCCCCUCAUUGACUCUCCAAUAUAGUCCUUGACUCACUCAUUGACUCACUCAUUGACUCUCCUAUAGAGUUCUUGACUCCCUCAUCUCUCCCAUAGAGUCAUUGACUAUCCAAUAGUCGUUUACUCACUCAUCGAUUCUCUCAUAGAGUCUUUGACUCACUCAUUGACUCUCCAAUAGAGUCGUUGACUCACUCAUCGAUUCUCUCAUAGAGUCUUUGACUCACUCAGUGACUCUCCAAUAGAGUCCUUGACUCCCUCAGAGUUCUUGACUCCCUCAUCGAUUUUCCCAUAGAGUCAUUGACUCUCUGAUUGACUCUCAGAGUCAUUGACUCUCCAAUAGAGCCUUUGACUCCCUCAACUCUCCCAUAGUCAUUGAUUCACUCAUCGACUUUCCCAUAGAGUCAUUGACUCCCCCAUUGACUCUCCAAUAGAGUCGUUGACUCCCUCAUCUCUCCCAUAGAGUCGUUGAUUCACUCAUCGACUUUCCCACAGAGUCCUUGACUCCCUCAUCGAUUCUCCCGUAAAGUUAUUGUGUAUUUUAUUAACCACUUGACUCUCCCGGUCCCUCAAAUACUCCUCGACUCCACUAACAUCCCUGACUCUCCCAGUAAUUGAUUUAAGCUGCCAAAGACUCCCCGACUAUGUCGUUCUCUCCGUCACUCUCCCAUUGACCACGUGGCUCUUCUAGAGAUCAAAACAAUCUCUAACCCGUCCCAGGCAACUAUCGACUCUCCGCCACCCCCCUAGCAGCACCAUGCUGGGACUGACACUCAAGCAGGCGUCGGCGGCGCUGCGCGAUGGAUCCCUGUCUCCCGUCGAGUUGUGCCGGCGCUGCCUGGCCUGGGCGGAUGAGACGCGACGCCUCAAUGCCUACAUCAUUCUCGCGCCAGAGCGGGCGAUGAGCCAAGCGAUCGAAUCCGAGCGCCGACACCGCUUGGGGCAGCCUCUGGGCCCCUUGGACGGAAUUCUUGCUGUCAAGGACAACUUUAGCACCAAGGGCAUCGAGACCACGUGUGCCUCCCGCAUGCUGCAAGGCUACGUGCCGCCCUUCAACGCCACGGUGGUGCAACGGCUACUGGACCAGGGCGCAGUGCUGCUUGGCAAGACCAACUUGGAUGAGUUCGGCAUGGGCUCGGGCAGCACGGACAGCGUGUUCGGGCCGGUGCGGAACCCCUGGGGCUACUCGCGCUCCUACCGCGAGCGGCACCACCUUGGCGACAGUGGCGACGGUGAUGACGGGGAGUGGCUGAUCACAGGCGGGAGCUCUGGUGGGAGCGCCGCUGCUGUUGCGGCAAGAACGUGUUUCUUCGCACUGGGCUCGGACACGGGAGGCUCGACGCGGAACCCGGCGUCGCGCUGCGGAGUGGUGGGCCUCAAGCCGACGUACGGCCUCGUGUCGCGCCACGGCCUCAUCCCCCUCGUCAACUCCAUGGACGUGCCGGGGGUCCUGGCCUCGAGCGCCGAUGACGCCGCCACCGUCCUGGGGGUGCUGGGUGGCGUGGACCCCCUGGACUCGACGUCGGCGAGGGAAGCGUUCCGUCCGUUCUCCCUGACGCACGAGGGCAGCGUCAGCGGCCUACACGUGGGCAUCCCCGAGGAGUACCACGCUCCGGGUCUCUCUGCGGACGUGCUGGCCGCGUGGAGCCGCGCGGCAGAGCUCCUGGAGGCGGGCGGAGCGCGCGUGGAGCGCGUGUCCCUCCCGCACACGCAGCACUCCAUCGUGUGCUACCACGUGCUGUGCACCGCCGAGGUGGCCUCCAACAUGGCGCGCUUCGACGGCCUGCAGUACGGCCACAGGAGCGCGGUGGAUGAAUCCACGGAGGCGAUGUACGCGGCCACACGUCACGAGGGCUUCAACGACGUAGUACGGGGCCGAAUCCUCGCCGGGAACUACUUUCUGCUGAAGCAGAACUACGAGCGCUACUUCGUGAAGGCCCAGCGCGUGCGCCGCCUCAUCGCCAGGGACUUCGAGGCGGUGUUUGCGAGCGGAGUCCGCGUGCUGCUGACGCCCACCACGUUGAGCGACGCCCCCACGCACCGCGACUUCUGCAGCGAGGAUAACCGCACGCGCAGCGCGCAGGAGGACGUGUUCACGCAGCCCGUCAACAUGGCCGGCCUCCCAGCGGUGAGCGUCCCUGUGGCCCUGUCUACGCGGGGUCUCCCCCUCAGCCUGCAGCUCAUCGGCCCGGCCUUCUCCGAGCGGGAGCUGCUGAGCGUGGCCAAGUGGCUGGAGGCGGCCUCCAACUUCCCGAGCAUCGACCUCCCCGAGUCGUUCUCGACGCCGGUGGCGACAGCGGACGCUCGAGGGAUUAAAUCGACGUAACUUUGAGUUGGGCGGGCGGGCAAAUAAGCGGGUGAAUAAGUGGGUGAGUGAGUGGGAGGGUGAGCGGGAGAGUGAGCGGGUGGGCAAACGAGCGGUUGGCUGGGUGAGCGAGCGAGCGGGCGGGCGGAUAAGCGGGCGGGCGGUGAGCGAGUGAGAGAUUGUGACCUAUCUUGGAUGACGCAAGACGCGGCCUGCGCUGGAGUUCACGGAAGCCGUCACGUCGGUUCCCAAACACAUCGCUCGUCUGCUGCAACUUUAUAAAAAUUACUGAAUGGACGUCGCUACAUUGCGGAUAGUGUGGCUCCAUCCUGCAGGGCUCCAUCCUGCAGGGCUCUGUUGUGCCGCUUCUGCCACGCUUCGCUGCACGAAGCAGACGGAGGAUCUGAAGAAGCAGCAGUAGCUGCGGGUCGACGCGUCCCCGACCAGAGCAACACAAACCACGGACGCCCGCCCGCAACGGGCGCCGGUCGAGCAACAGGAGAUCUCGAUGAAGCAAGAACAUUCGUUGGACCUGUUGAGUUUCAGCGACGUGUCUUGGGCGGUUUAUUUUGUCUUACAAAAAAAACAAAGCCGAUUAAAUAAAACAUUCGACAAAA